AUGACUAACGGGUACAAGAGCACAAGCAGAAACACUCCAUCUUUCAUGAGCCUCCCUGUCGAACUACAAUCUGAGAUAUUUCUGAGACUGCCCUUAACAUCUUUGUGGACAUGCAAACGUGUUUGCAAAGCCUUUCGCACCCUCAUCGAAAACCCUAAUUUCGAACACAUCCAUGCAAGUACUUCAGAUUCAUUAUUAUUACAGAUUAAUCAUGAAACUUGGGGUCUAGUAUCAAUUGAUUGCACCACGAAAGAUGUGAUCUCCUAUGUAUCCUUAAUCCCGCGAAUUCCAUAUGUUGGUACAUUGUCUCUCGUUGGUUCUUGCAAUGGCUUGGUUUGUUUUGUUGUCCGGAUAGAGAAUCAGCAUGAGGACGAUGUUUUGUUAUUAUGGAAUCCUUUUACUGAGCAAAGUAGAUUCAUCCCCAUGCCUGAUUUCGACGACUACUUGCAUGAGCAGACUAUGGAAUUUUAUUUUGUGCCCGAAACAAAUGAUUAUGUAGUAUUAAGUAUUGGAUUUUUUAAAUAUUAUAAGCCGGACCAGAUAAAUGUUGCGGUGUACAGGAUGAGAAGGAAGGCUUGGGAAAUUGCUGAUCAGAUUCAACUUGGCCACAGAUUUAAUUGUUAUGAAGUUCUCAAUGAUUACAGGGACCGGGAACGAGGGACUUCUGUGUUCUUGAACGGAUGUUUCCACUGGAUGUUCUCAUCGAUUGCAGAGUCCAGUGAGAUUGUUUCUUUUAAUGUAAGAGAUGGGGUAUUGAGGCGGAUCUGGUGUAUUGAUAUUGAUAAUGAUUGGAUUGAUCCGUGUACUAUUGGGAUCAUAGACGAAUCACUGGCCUUGUUAUGUCGGAAUUGCUACAAUGAUGAUCUUGAAAUAUAUGUCAUGAGUGAUUACGAGGUUAAUGAUUCUUGGGUUUUGAAGUAUAAACGCGGCCCUGACGAUGUCUUGCUAAAUAGCUUUAGGGAAAAUAGUGGGAUGACAUAUGAUAGUCGGCAUUCUAUGUAUUUUUGUAACAUGAAAGACCUGAAGAAGAAGAUAAUGAAAGUGAUAUCACCAGAAGGUUCUUGUUUAUCAGGUUUUUCAAGCUUUUCAUUACCCCGCGUCCUCCAGUUAGCUAGGUGA